GUAAUAAAAACCCUCGAACCCUGGAAAAAGUUCUUCACGUUCUAACCAAUGGCCGCGGUUGCGAAGGACAUCGUGACACGGAGAGCAGUUGCGGGGACGAUUAAGCUGACUGUCCUGGCUGGGAAAGCAAGUCCAGGACCUCCUGUAAGUCCGGCGCUAGGUCCGUACAGGCUUAACAUGAUGGCAUUCUGCAAGGACUUCAACGCCAGGACUCAAAAGUACAAACCGGACACUCCUAUGGCCGUGAAGAUAACGGCGUACAUGGACCACUCGUUCGAGUUCACCUUUAAAUCUCCUUCUGUGUCGUGCAGGCCGCUACUGGUGUCGUGGUACAUCAAGAAAGCAGCUGGGGUUGACAAAGGGAGCACACGUCCGGGGCAUCUGACGGUGACGACGCUUUCGGUGAGACACGUGUACGAGAUAGCUAAGGUGAAGCAGACGGAUCCAUUCUGUCAGUAUAUGCCUCUGGAGUCGAUCUGCAAAUCUAUCAUUGGUACUGCUAACUCCAUGGGAAUCAAGAUUGUUCAGGAUUUGGAGUGA